AUGGAACUCGGCGAGAUCGUUGUGACUGAACAUCCCAAUGAGAGGCAGCUGUACAAGAAGGAGAUGCCAAGAGCCCAGGACCUGCUGUGGAGAAGUGGAAACUGGAUCCACCAUAGUUUUGGGUAUCUCACAGGAGAAAUGAACGAAUAUGGAGAGUGGAUGAAAAACAAGCCCUUAAUUGUUCAGCUGGUGGACUGGAUCUUGCGAGGGACCUCUCAGGUGAUGUUUGUCAACAACCCUCUCAGCGGGCUGAUCAUUUUAGUGGGGCUUUUCAUCCAGAGCCCCUGGUGGAUGCUCACGGGCUUCACCGGAACCACUGUGUCCACAUUAACUGCACUGGCCCUCAGUCAGGACAGGUCAUCCAUCGCAGCUGGCCUGCACGGCUACAACGGGAUCCUGGUGGGCCUGCUCAUGGCCGUCUACUCUGACAAAGGGGAUUACUACUGGUGGCUUCUGCCCCCUGUGGCAGUGAUUUCCAUGGCCUGCCCUGUACUGUCCAGUGCUUUGGGAUCCAUCUUCAGGAAAUGGGACCUUCCUGUUUUCACUCUGCCCUUCAACAUUGUGGUGACCCUGUACCUGGCAGCCACAGGACACUACAACCCCUUCUUCCCCACAACCCUCAUCAAACCCAUAGCUGCAGUGCCCAAUAUCACCUGGUCUGACAUCAAUGUGCCACUGCUCUUACAAUCCAUCCCAGCUGGGAUUGGUCAAGUGUAUGGUUGUGGAAACCCCUGGACUGGAGGCAUUUUCCUUGUGGCUCUGCUCAUCUCCUCCCCACUGAUUUGUUUGCAUGCUGCAAUUGGAUCAGCCGUGGGGAUGUUUGCAGCUCUGAGCAUUGCAUCCCCGUUUGACAGCAUCUACCUUGGCUUACACAACUACAACUGUGCCCUGGCCUGCAUUGCCAUCGGGGGCAUGUUCUACGCCCUGACCUGGCAGACACAUUUGCUCUCACUUGCCUGUGCAUUAUUUUGUGCCUACUCUGGAGCAGCUCUUGCUAAUGCACUUGCUGUGCUCGGGCUGCCGGUGUGCACCUGGCCCUUCUGCCUCUCGGCGCUCCUCUUCCUGCUGAUCACCUCUGAAAACCCGGCCAUCUACAAAAUACCCCUCUGCAAAGUCACCCACCCAGAAGCCAACCGGAUCUACUACCUGAGAAUGAGGAGAAGGGCCUCGGAGAGCAGGAGGGAAGAGCAGAAGCGAAAGGAGCAGAAACCCUCUGAUGGCUCAAAAAUUAACAGUGGGGGCACCCCACUGUGGACCCCCAAGAGCCGCCACGCUCACUGA